GCCAAGAGCGGCCGCCGCCUCUGCCGGAGGAGCCGCGGGGCCGCCACACUCGCCCCCCGCCCCCCCGCGCUCACUCGCACUCACACCCGGGCGCAGGAGGCGGGCGGCCCGGGCCCUACCGGCCCCCCAUGGACGCCCCCCGCACGGGGCGCUGAGACCCCGCGUCGCUGCCCAGCCCGGUCCAGCGCGCCACGCCGAGGGACCUCGACAGGACAAGACUCCGAAGCUACUCCCCCAGCCCAGGACUCCCCCCACGGACCCAGCUUCCCCCCCAACACUACCACCUGCCACUCCCUGGCCUAUCUCACCGCCCACCCCCCUUGGGGCGCAGGGCAUGGUGUGAAAGGCCACGUGCUGAGGCGGGCACCAUGGGUGCUGUGCCCUAGGCCUGGGUGGCAGGGGGUGGGCAGUCUGUGGGUGUGCCGGGGGGGGGCCAUUGUGCCCACCCAGUCUCUUGGCGUGCUGGAGGGCAUCCUGGAUGGAAUUAAAGUGAAUGGAACAGAAGCCAAGCAAGGUGGAGUGUGGGUCAGACCCAGAGGAGAACAGUGCCAGGUCACCAGAUGGAAAGCGAAAAAGAAAGAACGGCCAAUGUUCCCUGAAAACCAGCAUGUCAGGGUAUAUCCCUAGUUACCUGGACAAAGACGAGCAGUGUGUCGUGUGUGGGGACAAGGCAACCGGUUAUCACUACCGCUGCAUCACUUGUGAGGGCUGCAAGGGCUUCUUUCGCCGCACAAUCCAGAAGAACCUCCAUCCCACCUACUCCUGCAAGUAUGACAGCUGCUGUGUCAUCGAUAAGAUCACCCGCAACCAGUGCCAGCUGUGCCGCUUUAAGAAGUGCAUCGCCGUGGGCAUGGCCAUGGACUUGGUUCUAGAUGACUCGAAGCGGGUGGCCAAGCGCAAGCUGAUCGAGCAGAACCGGGAGCGGCGGCGGAAGGAGGAGAUGAUCCGAUCGCUGCAGCAGCGACCAGAGCCCACUCCCGAAGAGUGGGAUCUGAUCCAUGUUGCCACGGAGGCCCACCGCAGCACAAAUGCCCAGGGCAGCCACUGGAAGCAGAGGCGGAAAUUCCUGCCGGAUGACAUUGGCCAGUCACCCAUCGUCUCCAUGCCGGACGGAGACAAGGUGGACCUAGAGGCCUUCAGCGAGUUUACCAAGAUCAUCACCCCGGCCAUCACCCGUGUGGUGGACUUUGCCAAAAAACUGCCCAUGUUCUCCGAGCUGCCUUGCGAAGACCAGAUCAUCCUCCUGAAGGGGUGCUGCAUGGAGAUCAUGUCCCUGCGGGCUGCCGUCCGCUAUGACCCCGAGAGCGACACCCUGACGCUGAGCGGGGAGAUGGCUGUCAAGCGGGAGCAGCUCAAGAAUGGCGGCCUGGGCGUCGUCUCCGACGCCAUCUUUGAAUUGGGCAAGUCACUCUCUGCCUUUAACCUGGACGACACGGAAGUGGCUCUGCUGCAGGCCGUGCUGCUAAUGUCAACAGACCGCUCGGGCCUGCUGUGUGUGGACAAGAUCGAGAAGAGUCAGGAGGCGUACCUGCUGGCGUUCGAGCACUACGUCAACCACCGCAAACACAACAUUCCGCACUUCUGGCCCAAGCUGCUGAUGAAGGAGAGAGCAGUGCAGAGUUCGAUUCUGUACAAGGGGGCAGCGGCAGAAGGCCGGCCGGGCGGGUCACUGGGCGUCCACCCGGAAGGACAGCAGCUUCUCGGAAUGCAUGUUGUUCAGGGUCCGCAGGUCCGGCAGCUUGAGCAGCAGCUUGGUGAAGCGGGAAGUCUCCGAGGGCCGGUUCUUCAGCACCAGAGCCCGAAGGGCCCGCAGCAGCGUCUCCUGGAGCUGCUCCACCGAAGCGGAAUUCUCCGUGCCCGAGCGGUCUGUGGGGAAGACGACAGCAGUGAGACGAGCUCCCUGAGCUCCUCUGACGAGGACCCCGAGGUCUGCCAGGACCCCCCCGAGGUCUGCCAGGAGGACCCCAAGGUCUGCCAGGAGGACCCCGAGGUCGGCCAGGAGGACCCGGAGGUCUGCCAGGAAGACCCCAAGGUCUGCCAGGAGGAUGCCGCGGGCAAUGCAGCCUCUCCCUGAAGCCCCUCGGAGGGCCCAGGGGAAGGAGGAGGAGGGAAGCAUUACUCCUCCCCCCAGGCCUCUGCCCCGGAGCAGGGGGUGCCCGAGAGCUGGGAGCAUGGGCUCAGCAGGGCUGGGCACCUCCCAGCCCACCAGGCCGCUCUCCUCCCCUAAACAGGCCAAACCUACCCAGGCUCCCUUGCUUUUUGCUCGGUAGUUCCCUCCGCUUGAAUGCCUCCCCCACCCCCACGCUUCCACCCCCACCCCCACCUCUGCCUGGCAAUAGCUCACUUGUCCUUUGAGGCCCCACUCAAGUGUCACCUCCUUCCCCAGCUCCCCAGGCAGAAAUAGCUGUGUGUGCUUCCUAAGCCCUUGGUUCAUGCUUCUACUGUGACACUUCUUUCACUGUUUUAUAAUUAGUCGGGCAUGAGUCUGUCUCCCCAGCUAGACUGUGUCUGAAUCAUGUCUGUAUCGCCAGAGCCCAGUGCAGGGCCUGGCAUAGAGUAGGUACUCCAUAAAAGGUGUGUUCAACUGAA